AUGAUUCGAAACCACGAUCCUUUUGCUCUUGCACUGCGACAAUUUCUGGAUGCAGGCUAUGAAUAUGCGGAGCCCUAUCCAGAUAACUCCAACAACCCUGAGCCGGUUAAUCCUCUUAUAUUCUAUGACAGGCAUGUCGCAUCUACUCUGGUGCUAAAGAAUAUCAAACGUGCGCCGUGGAUUGCCAGGGAGCUUGCCAAAAUUUGCGAGAACACCAUCAAGGAAUUUACUAUGGCGGGUCACAAAUUUAUUGACAAUCGCGACUACCGGAAACUUUUUCAUAAGCAACCAUCGUAUAACAGGUAUUGCGACGGUGUAGCAGACUAUCACUUCGAUCAUAUUAGUCUGCCGUGCAGUGCAUACGCCUCGAAGCUGCUUUUUAGCCCCAAUGAUCCACGGUGGUUUACCUUUAUAGUGCCACGUAAAGGUGCGUAUCAGGACAUUCACUACUCCUUUCGUUGCUCUGGCGACACUGCAAUUAUCAAACCCAAGGGUGAGGAUAUUGGAGAUAGGGAAUAUGAUAUUCCACCUGAAACUCGGUCGACGCUGGAUCGUUACACGCUAUCGAAGAUCAACAAACUUAGGGACAUGAACAGCAUUUUUAAUUACGAAUUCUUCAUCAAGGCAAAACCUGCAGAGGCACUUCUGAAGAAGAUGGAUUGCUGGGGACCCUUCAAAUGGGAAAUGCCAACAGUCACAGGUGCUCCGGUAUUGCCCGUCUCUCCUCCACACAAGGAUUCGGAUAUCAUUCAACUCUUCUUCCCUGCAUUGAAUUCAGAAACCCCCCGUCCCUUAUCCACUCGCAAGGGAAAUACUUCUCCAAAGCCUGCUCGCAUGAAACGAAUUGUAGCUCCGCUGAGAAGGAAUAAUGGGGGCGAAUCAAAAUACAGGAUUAACGUGUGGGCAAAUGCAGUUGAGACGGACGCUACAUUCAUCGUGUUUACCUGCGGCAGACAGGAGAGAAUCGGCAUUCGUCACCGUCAAAGUCAGACUCUGUAUCUUUCCGACCCGAUUGAUCCAGUCCAAAUGAAGGAACCUGGUUAUCGCCAGAUGCACCUUGGCCUCACUAUCGCUGCCAUAAAGGAUCGAUUGGCUAUGUUGGUUCAAACGGAAGAGGUCAAUCAACGACCUUCAAAGCGUAAAGAUAUUGCACAGAGUUUCGUUGCUUACAACAGCAUGAAAGACAGAGCGACAAGAAGAAAGCGGAGGAAAUUAAAUCCUGAGCUGGAUUCGAUCUCUCUGGAAAUAGAUAAAAAGGCAUGUUUUACAUUCGACGAAGAAUUAGCCAAGAGGGAGCUGGUUCUUUUUUAUCUAAAUUUUGGGGGCUGGACCUCACCAGCACCCUCUUCAUUUCAACGUAUGGAGCCUUCGUGCACAUCACGACCGUUCCAAAGCCAACCAUACCGUUUUAAACGCAAAGCGUCGUACCGCCCAGAAGACUAUAUCUCGGUGGUUACACAUGAAGACGCCAUUGGGAGUGGGGCGAUGGGUAUGGUAUACAGAGUCACCGUCGAAAUUGAAAUGGAGGAUGGAUCAAAACAUCAGCGCACUCUUAUUCUCAAACUCGCCAUUGGUCCUAAAAAAGAUCAAAUUAUCCGAGAAUACGAAAUGUAUAAACGGUUGGCUGAAGCAGAUGUCAUGUACGGAAUUGUUAGCGUCCAUGGCUUGUUUCACGAUAUGGAAACCGAUGCAAUGAUCAUGAUUAUGGAUGAUGCAGGGAAGUCACUUAGAACACGCGCAAUCGAGCAAAACCUCGAAAUUCACUAUAAUCUGGAUACCUCUGUCCAGACGACAGAGGAAGAACGGGAUGCCUUUAUCAAGGCUUUGGAAGGCAUCCAUAGCGCGCGCGUAAUUCACCAAGACCUUAGGAUCGACAACUUGAUGAUUAACGAUGCUGGUGAUGUUUUCAUAAUCGAUUUUGACAACGCUGAAUACGACACCUUCCAACGUACAUCUAUUUUCGAGGAAGAUCUGGGAGAACUAUUGACAGUAAUUGGGUGGCUAGACAGUGACGACGAGGACGGCGAUGGUAAAGAUGAAGAUGGAGGUGAAGAGGAUGGUGACCAAGCGUAA